AUGUGCAAGUGGACCAAUUUCAAGUGCAGUUCCUGCCAGGCAUUACGCAAGAUUAGACUGGAUACAACGGGCUGUUCUGAGGGUGAGCCGUGCCCCAAGACGGCGGAAAACACGGAGACGCAGUACCUGCCCGAAGAUCCCAAUUGCAAAGUGUGCAAGGAAGCAGAUAAAUACAUCGAUUACACCGGCGGCUCGGGCAACACCGGCGAGAAGUCGCAAACCACUGGUGCGAAGUCGCAAACCACUGGCGCAAAGUCGCGAACCACUGGCGCAAAGUCGCGAACCACUCGUGCGAAGUCGCAAACCACCAGCAACAAGCAUGACACGGCACACGGAACUCCCGCCCAGGAUGUGGAAGCUCCCAGUGGGUUCAAGGACGGACAUGGAAACUGCAUGUCCGGGAUUCGAAGAGGCCCAUGA